AUGGCCGAUGAGGUCCUUUACCUCGCCGUUGGCCGCACAACGUCGCAAGAAGUCUGGAUGUCCAUCACAGCGGCGCUCGGUUCCUCGACUCGGGCGAGGUGUCUCAACCUCCUCGCUCAGUUCCAGUCACUCAAGCAGGGAGAUAGCACCCCCGCCGAAUACCUCGGCCGAGCGCAGUUAUUGGUGGAGGAUCUUGCGCUAGCCGGCCGGCCGGUCUCGCUUGAUGAACAAAACCUCUGGGUUUUCCGUGGACUCCGGCCAGAGUUCCGGUCAAUGGCAUCGUCCCUCGCGGUGUCUGGCGCACCAGUUUCAAUCCCUCAGCUCUCGGAUUAUCUCCAGGCCCAAGAAUUCAUCAGGGCGGAUGAAUUCUCCACUGCCGGAGGUCCAUCAGUCGGCGGCUCACAAACGGCGAUGGUGGCUGGUCGCGGCUACGCACAGAAUCAGGCGGCAGGCGGAGGUCCCCGGCACGCUGGUUCUGGACAGUUGCGAGGUCGGGAUGGCCGUGGACGUGGAGGGCAAGGCAGAGGCCGUGGUGGUGGUGGUCCGAGGUGCCAAAUCUGCCGCUCCCAUGGGCAUACGGCUCUCCACUGCUUCAAGCGGUACGCCGGCGCACCACAGUCGCAGGCUCAUGCGGCGGUCCCCGGCGACGAUGGCACAGUGGUGGCGAACGCAUGGUACCCGGACACCGGGGCGUCGUCACACGCUACGCCCGAUCAGACGAUGAUGGCGCAAUCGGAUCCCUACUCCGGCGGUGAUGUCCUCCGUGUGGGCAAUGGAUCAGGUUUGGGUAUAACCAGUGUUGGCCAUGCAUCACUAAACUCUGCGUCUAGAACUUUAAAUUUAAACAAUAUAUUACAUGUCCCCCCGUCUCUCUUUACCAUUAUUGUCUGUUAA